AUGCGAUUGGCAAUUGCUGGAUCGGGUGACCUGGCGAGCUAUCUCGUCGAAGAGUUCACGGCAAAGGGCCAUGAUGUGGUACUGCUCACUCGCAGCCUGAAACCCCGGUUCAGUGACCUGUCGCAGGUGAAGCAAGUGAUUGUGGAUUAUGCGGCGGUCGAAUCAAUCGUCAACGCAAUCUCGGACUGUGAAGCCAUGAUCUCCACGAUUCUCGACUACUCGGAGGGCUUCAUCGAUGUGCAUCUUGCCUUAAUUGAGGCAUGCAAGCGAAGCCCCCUUUGCAAGCGGUUCAUUCCCUCCGAGUUUGGAGGCAACCUUGAAACACACCCCCAUCAGCCCGAGUUCUACUUCCGCACACGCGAACCAGUCCGUAAGGUCCUCCGUGCGCAAACUGAGUUGGAAUGGACUUUGAUUUCCGUGGGCUGGUUGAUCGACUACGUUGUCCCAGCAAAGAACCGGUAUCUCAAGGAUAUUGGACCUGCAUUCCCGAUUGAUCUUGAGAAUCAAACAAUACUCAUCCCGGGCACUGGGUUAGAGCCAGUCAAUGUUACGUGUGCUCGGGAUGUGGCAAAGAGUCUCGUCGCUCUGUUGAGAAGCGCAAAGUGGGAUACGUACACCUACAUCACCGGAGAGAAGACAUGCUGGGCGGACAUUAGCCGCGCUUUUACCGAAAAGUACCCUACUUUUUCUAUAUCUCACAAGGAUAAGGCAAUUCUCGAGCAGGAGGCAAAGGAAGGUGGAGAUGAGGCGCUCUUCGCUGAAUAUCAACUGUUUUCUGUCACGGGAGCAGCUUGUUUCGACGAUGCUAAGGUCCUGAACCAGCGGGAGAGAUUUUUCCCCGAAAUUCGCUUCCGAAAUAUCCAGGAUCUUUUUGGGGCUGUUGAUAAAGACAAUCAGGUCAUAGUUUGA